AUGUGUCACGGCAACUCAACUCGCGCAAGCCAAGGAGGCUCCAUUGCUGUUUUACGAGCACCUCAAUGCCACCUUCUGUCAUCAGCAUCAUCAUCAUCGUACCUCGGAGCAGACGAAGAAUGGCGUCUCCACUUCUUCAAUCGUGCGGGGACAACAUCAAGUUGUGGGACCGAGGUGACGCUUCAAGGAACGAGAUCUCAACAACGAGAAAGAUAUAAGAUCAUUAUUCACCGUGACGGUGACCUCACUAGCGCCGCAAGCCCAACAUUAGAUGAAUGCAAGUCAAGACCACUCUUCUCAUUCUCCCUGCACCCAGAUCACUAUAAUUCAACGCUGCUACCUCAGAAAUUGGACCUUGGAGUUGGCGACUCGGGCAUCAUCGGGCGGAGAGUCUCCGUGAUGACGGACUCGGGCGCUAAACCGACGUCUGUUGCGGUGGGGAUUAUUGGGUGGAAUUGA